ACUGAAUUUGUUUAAUGCUCCUCCAGUGAGAUAGCACAUUAAUCAGUAUUUUGUCCCGAGUUAUAGGUAUCGGAUGUUUGCUUAAGUUGAAACAUGCUGACUUAAUAUUUAUGUCGCUUUUUUUUUAUCAUGUUGGAUAUUACAUUUAUGCAAAUCUGGUUGUCUUUAACUAGACUGACAAGUUCAAGUUCAUUUGAACUUUUGUCAUUAAGUCUUUGGUUGUAUAAAAAACACCUAAAAAGGACCACCUGGAUCCAGUAAACAGAAUUAACAAGAAUUAACAAUUCAUAUUUGAAUUUAGAAUGUUUACAGAUUUUUUUUUUUUUUUUUACUUUUUACAAUUAACAAGUCACAUUAAUACAGCAAUUCACAUUUUAUUGUUGAUUGUUGUAAUAGCUGUUCAUAAUCGUUUUAUUGCUAUGUUGUACUUUGUAUUGCACGCAACAUGCUGUGUGCUUAAAGUUUGAUAUAUAUAUAUACACACACACACACAUAUAUAUAUAUAUAUAUAUAUAUAUAUAUGACAGUCGUUUAAAAGUUUGGAAUUAGUAAAAAAAAAAAUGUAUUGAAGGAAAUUAAAUUAAUAUAUUUUUUUUUAUUUUUUAUUAGCCAGGAUACAUUAAAAUCAUCAAAAGUGACAUUAAAAUUAUACUGUUACAAAAAAAAAAAAAAAAGUAUUUCCAAUAAUUGUGGUUCUUUUGAACUUUGUUCACACUCAGUGUAUUAUGGCUUGCACAAAGAUAUUAAGCAGCACACCUCAUUGAUAAUAAAUGUUUCUUGAGCACCAAAUCAGCAUAUUAGAAUGAUUUCUGAAGGAUCAUGUGACAUUGAAGACUGGAGUAAUGAUGCUGAAAAUUCAGCUUUGCCAUCACAGGAAUAAAUUAUGUUUUAAAAUACUGUAUUACUGUUUUUACUGUACUUUUUUAUAUAAAUGCAGCCUUGGUGAACAUAAAAGACUUCUUUCAAAAACAAUAAAAAUAUCUUACUGACCCCCACAUUUUGAACAGUUAUUAAUUCCCAUGGGUCCUGCAAGGGUUCCUCUGUCAGGGAUGUCAUAUCAUAUUGUCACAUUAUGUUGUCACAUCAAUUGCUAAUACUGGAGGAUUUCUUUGUAUUUCUCUCUUCUGAUUCUCUCUGAAGGUAAUCUGAUGUCUUGGCAAAGGCAAAAAGAGAAGACAUCAAACCACAGCCCAACUGUAGUGGAGUCACACAAUAUACAAUACUGAAGAGUCACACAGUUGUCUGAUAUCAAGUAUUUCUUCUACUACCCAUUUGCCAUCUGAUAAAAACGUUCACUAUGCCUCUGUACGUCCAUGCCUUGGCGUGUGCUUUCGGUCUGGGCUCCUGGGUGUCCAUUAAUGGCUUGUGGGUGGAACUUCCUCUGAUAGUCAAUGUUCUGCCAGAGGGCUGGGACUUGCCAUCGUACCUCACAGUCAUCAUUCAGCUUGCCAACUUCGGGCCUUUGCUGGUGACCCUGGCGCACAAAUUCUGUCCUGGAAAACUACGUGAAAAUCUAGUCAUUUAUGCUGUUUUGUCAAUUGGUGUUGUAGCCUGCGUCCUACUGGCUGUGUUUUGGAAGAACACCACCACGUUCCUCGAGCAACCGCGUAGCACAGCAUUUUUCAUCCUUACGUUUUUUCUCGCUCUAGUCGAUUGCACCUCAUCUGUCACCUUCCUGCCAUUCAUGAUGCAACUUCCAGCCAAAUAUAUUACCACAUACUUCAUUGGAGAAGGUCUGAGUGGUCUGGUUCCAGGCCUGGUGGCACUGGCGCAAGGGGUUGGGAUGUCAAAAUGUGUCAAUGUGUCGCAUGUGUUGGAUAACCUCACAGACUCUGAACCUCCAAACUUCACUGUGGAGAUGCAGUACCUCCCUCCCAAUUUCUCCACUGAGAUCUUCUUCUCUUUCCUGGCCGUAAUGACAGCAGUAAGUCUGGGUUCCUUCCUCGUAUUAAACCGUCUGCCUCGCACCUUUGAACUGUCCACUGAAAAUCUUGUUCCGGAAUCAGAUGCCGUGGCAACAGUCUGCAGCGGUUUCGAGGGCCCUGUGGACCCCAAUCCAAAGACAAACAGUCAAGAGGAAGAGGAAGAGGAAAAGAAGCAGAUCAGAGUCCUGUUUCCUAAACCACUGCACUCCGGCUAUCAGCUGGCGUUUAUCUAUUUUAUGGUGGUGUGGGUGAAUGGUGCAACGAACGGACUACUGCCCUCAGUGCAGACUUUCUCCUGUAUGCCUUAUGGAAAUAUGGCCUAUCACCUGUCAGCCGCUCUGUCAGCGGUAGCCAAUCCAGUGGCGUGCAUUAUUGCCAUGUUUUAUCCCAAACGCUCAUUAGUAUUUCUGGGUGUCCUGUGUUUGCUGGGGUCUGUAUUUGGAGGCUACAAUAUGGCCAUGGCUGCCAUGAGUCCCUGCCCAUUACUCCAAGAUACACCUCUAGGGGACGCUAUUAUAGUUUUGUCUUGGAUUUUCUUUACUGGUCUGCUGUCCUAUGUGAAGGUGAUGGUGGGUGUGAUUUUGAGGGACCGGAGUCACAGCGCCCUUGUGUGGUGUGGAGCAGCAGUGCAGACAGGAUCUUUGUUGGGCUCCGUCAUUAUGUUUCCCCUGGUCAACAUCUAUCACCUCUUCCAGUCAGGGGACAUUUGCAACACCAAAUGCCCAUUAUAAUAAGAGUUUAAUAAGACUAACAGGGGAAUGAACUACUUCUACAACUCACUUUCACAUCAUAGCUGAGCUAAUGAUGGUCACAUAAUGAACUAACAUUUGGCACUUCCUUGCUCUUCUGUUUUAUUUUCACAUUAAUUUAACAUUUGUACAUUUUUUAUAUUAUUGUGGAUUAUUAUUUAUGAUGUUGUGAGUUUUUGUUGUCUGGAAACAUCCACAAGUGUUUCUGAAUCAUUUGAGGAUUACUGGUUUAUGUCGUUCCACAAAAUCUGAUGAUUGUGUUAUUAAAUAAUUUUGUAUUAUAAA